CAAACUGCCGUUGGAUAGGGUGGAACUGUUCCGCAGGUAUCCUCUGCUGAGGAUCCUAUUCUAUUUCCAUACUUGAUACUCAUCCUUUGGACCUGAACCUGCCUUUGACUCAGGCAGUCAUGGUUACUCCAGUGUUCUCCAUACUGGGCUACAUCUACUCUCUGAGCCUCCUGCCUCUGCUGCUGCCUGGUUCGAGCCAGGGCAGUCCCAUCAUGUCACCUGAGGAGUUUCGAAGGGGCCCUGGGGCUAGAAGUCUGGUGGAUACCUCCAUGUUGGAGCAGAAUGAAGACCUGGACAUGCAGGACUUUCAGGGUCAGUUUCUGUCCACGUUGAACCUCACAGAGCUGGGCCCCCGGCCAAGGCCCCGUGCGGCCCGUAAAGAGCCACCAGAAUACAUGCUGGAACUGUACAACCGCUUUUCCAACGAUCGCACGGCCAUGCCCUCUGCCAACAUAGUGCGUAGUUUCAAGAAUGAAGAUUCCUCCUUCUACAGUGUGACGGUCAGGGGCGUCAGGACACACCCCCUGUUGUUCAACAUCUCCAUCCCCCACCACGAGCACAUCCUCACCGCCGAGCUCCGCCUCUACACCCUGGUUCAGAGGGAUCGCAGAUGCUAUGCCGGCCUUGACCGCAAGGUGACCAUCUACAAGAUCCACGAGGGGGGGCACUGGAGGAAAGAAGAGGGGAGGGACGGAAGAAGGAAUGAGCAGGAGACAGACAAAAUGGAGGAAAUGGAGGAGCUGGCAACCCGGCAAUUCUACGGUAAAGACGAUGCCUGGAUUACCUUCGACCUGACCCAUCAGGUCAACCUUUGGUGGAAGGCAGAGAGCUCCACCCACCGACUGGAGGUCCACAUUGCAAGUCUGGGUUCUGAUGGUGGGAAGACCCCCCAGGUCAGAGAAGAGGAUGGAAGGAAAGAGUUGGUUGAUGUGGAUGUUGACAUGGGCUCAGAUGGUAAACACAUGCCAGUGGUGAUUGUGUUCUCAGAUGAUCAGAACAGAGACCAUCGUGAGGAGGACAAGCGGGAGCUCAACCAGUUUACAGAACAUGAGAAUGACCUGCCGGCUGACCUGGAGCCGAGUCCACAGGCGAAUUGGGGGGACCAGGCUGUGAGCGAUGCUAGGAACACUGAUGGAGAGGAGCUGGACGAGGAGACUCUCAUGCAACUGCACUCCAACCUCAUUUAUGACACGCCUCCCCGAAUCCGCCGCAACACCAAGGGUGACCCCUGUAAGAAAACCCCACUCUAUGUGGAGUUUAAAGACAUUGGCUGGGAUACCUGGGUCAUACAGCCCCUGGGCUAUGAAGCCUACGAGUGCAAUGGUGUAUGCAACUACCCUAUGACCUCUGAGGUCUCGCCUACCAAGCACGCCAUUGUCCAGAGUCGGCUGAGCAGUAAGAUUCCACAGAAGGCGUCACCAGCCUGCUGUGUUCCCACCAAGCUAGAGCCCAUCUCACUCCUUUACGUCGAGGACGGAGGAGUGGUCACCUACAUGCACAAGUACGAGGGCAUGGUGGUGUCAGAAUGCGGCUGUAGAUAGUCAUAGAACUGACUGUAGGUUCAGGAGAGAGGUAUAGAGACUGUGGAUUAACGUAGACUGAGCGGUCAUCAAUUUCACUAUCAAGAAGAAAAUCAGAUCAAAAGUGCCUAUUUGAAAAUAAUACAUUUCUGCAAUCAUUAAGGAUACUUGCUUUGUGAGCUAUUAGCAGACAUACAGUAUAGUGUAAACAGAAUGCAUACAGUAAACCAUAUUAAGGCCAUGAAUAAUUUCUAUAUCUAUAUUUUGCAGCAUCAACUACAUUGUAUGACAAAGAUAAACAGUGAAGGCGUAAAUAGGAAGAUGACAGAGCAAGAGGGUCCUGCCUGUAUGUGCAUUCAAUUAUGUACAUUUGCCAUUUGUAAAAGUACAUUUCUUAUUAUAUUGAUAUUAUAUAAAUGCUAUUUUAGAAUGCCAGCAAUAUAAUUAUUUAAAACAAAAGGAAAAAAAAGUGAAAUGUGAAUAUCAUGCUGUUCUUUGUAGUUUGUGCUGAUACAUUUGACUUUCAUUUUGGCGAUAUUGGUAUGUACCGUCAGAUAUGCACAAAAUGUUAUUGGUUUAAGUAGCUCUUGGUUUAAAUGGUUGGUCCUGUAUGGCUUAGUUGGUAGAGUAUGGUGCUUACCAGGUCAGUAUUGUGGGUUUGAUUCCUGUUUCCACCCAUAUGUAAAAUGUAUGCACGCAUGACUCUUAAGUCGUGUCUGCUAAAUGGCAUAUAUUGUUAUAAUAUAUCAUUAUACAAUGAGUGUACAAAACGUUAAGAACACUCCCUCCACACACACACACACAAAAUGGUACCUAUCCAGCUUCAAUUCGUCAGGGCAUGGACUUUACAAGGGGUCGAAAGCGUUCCACAGGGAUGCUCGCCCAUGUUGACUCCAAUACUUCCCACAGUUGUGUCGAGUUGGCUGAAUGUCCUUUGGGUGGUGGACCAUUCUUGAUACACACGGGAAACUGUUGAAUGUGAAAAACCCAGCAGCGUUGCAGUUCUUCACACAAACCAAUGCGCCUGGCAUCUACUACCAUACCCCGUUCAAAGACACUUAAAUAUUUUGUUGCCCAUCCAGCCUCUGAAUGGCACACAUACACGAUCCACGUCUCAAUUGUCUCAAGGCUUAAAAAUCCUUCAUUAACCUGUCUCCUCCCCUUCAUCUACACUGAUUGAAGUGGAUUUAAUAAGUGUGAUCAAUAAAGGAUCAUAGCUUUCACCUGGAUUCAGCUGGUCAGUCUAUGUCAUGGAAAGAGCAGGUGUUCAUAAUGUUUUGUACACUCAGUGUAUAUUAUAAAUGAAAGAAAAACUAUAACAGAUAACUUGUAUAUCCUACAUGCAAAGACAAAGAGGUGUAUUCUAAAGCAGAGCAGAAUAAAUUGUGUUUGAAGUUUAUUACAAAUGUGAGUGCUUUCAGGGUUGGGUAGGUUUCUUUCUAAAUGUAAUACAUUAAAGUUACUAUCAACCUGUCCAAAAUUGCAGUCAGUAAUGUAAUGUCUAGAUUACCCAAACUCAGUAACAUAAUCUGAUUACUCUUUUAUUACUUUCCCCUUAAGUGGCAUUAGAAGAAGACAAAGAUUAUCCAUCAAACACAUUUGGUGUGUCAUCAGAGGUCUCUGACUUGAGGUCAGACUCACUCAGGUGGAACAAACUUAAACUUGCGUCUUUUUCCAAUUCUGAAUUGAAUAUCAUUGAGAAAACAGAAAGGUGUCUUUUUUUAUUUAACUAGGCAAGUCAGUUAAGAACAAAUUCUUAUUUUCAAUGACAGCCUACUGUAUUGUAAAAAAAAUAUAAUAAUCCGCAAACACCCUUUCUGAAUGUAAAAGUAAUCCAAGAAGUGAUCUAGUUUUUCAAAAGUAUCUGUAAUCAGAUUACAAUAUGUUUGCUUGUAACGUAACUGAUUACGGUUACCAUUUCUUUGUAAUCAGAUUACAUGUAAUCGAUUAUACGCAAUCAGUUACUCCCCAACCCUGUGUGCUUCCAUGAUUGACUAGACAUAGCCUAGUGAAAUGUGUUAGAGAUUACACUUUGUUUGAGGUUCUCCAUUAAAGGCAUGCAGACAAGCCAAGAAUACAAGUGCACUACAGCAGAAGUGAACCUGAAAUUAAUAUUGCUUUGAAUAGAGUGGCAUUGUGCAAAAAGGGCACUGAACAAUGAACUUGCUAUAUGGACAACAUUUCAAGAGUGUUAAGACAGAGAAGAGAAUGUGAAAGCAAAGAAAAACAAUACAAAAGUGUCAUUACUUUUCUUUAUUGCAGAUCACAUUUGUCUCUGUAAUACAUCAAACCUCUCCAAUUGUAGAAAACAGAAGCAGAAAGGUACAGAUAAUGCACAGAGCCAUAGAUUAAGUUUGUUUGCUAAAUGUUAUUUUUCCUGAAUACAUAAUACUGUCCAUGUCCAUAGAACCAAAUGGUUGUUUCAAAUCCAUUCUAUCCACUUAUUUGUGGGGUAAUCUAUUUGCCCCAGUCUGACUCACACUCCCUCCCACCCCACAAUCACACUUCCUUCUAAAGCCACAUGCCACGCGAGCCGCUUUCUCCCCCUCCCCACCUCAAUUUGAUGGUGAUAAAGAGGUGUCAGGGCCUGGAGAC